UGGCGAGGGCGGCAUGAUGUCCGUGCGGGCGGCGGGGGCGGGCGAGGGCGGCGCCGAGGGUGAGCUGCUGGAGGAGGAGCUGACGCAGGUGGACAGGGUGCUGGAGGAGGCGCUGAAGGCCGUACAGCGCAAAAGUCACCUCGUCUUCAACCUCACCUCCAAGGAGUGGCUGAAGCACUUCGACAGGUUCCGCGAGGGCAUGGAGGAGGUGGAGCGGCGGUACCAGUGUGUGAUGGUGGCGGCGGUGCAGACCGUGAACGCUGUGGCUCACGGGCUGCGGGUCCUCAACGUGUUCAAGCCCCUGGCGGCACGCAAGUCUCUCUUCUCAGUGUUCUACGUGAUGAUCGACCACAUCCUUAACCUGUUCGACCGCGACCUUGAGGAGGUGGAGAAGGAGUACGUGUUCCGCUCCAUGAAGGUCGGAGGCGAGGGGUUCCACUACUCCAAGAUGGCGCGCUGGGCAGCGGACACACGCAAGAAGUUAGAGCAGGAAGUUAACCUGCUCAAGAACCAGUCCUGGCUGCCGUACUACCCGCGGCUGGACUCCAUCUAUCAGCGGUGGGGCCGCACGGUGGUGCUGCUGCGGGGCGUAGUCUCCAACAUGUACGCCGCCUGGAUAGCCUCCCUGGAGCCCAACUCGUCCAGACGCCUCCUGGAGCCCAUCUUCAGGUGGCGCCCGGCAGGCAUCCAGAGCCUCCAGGACAACUUUGAUGAGCAGCUGUACAAAAACCUCGAGGAGGCCGGGACGUGGAAGGCCAUGGGCUAUGACAUCCCGGACAGCAUUAGUCCAAUAUUCGCCGAGGUCGCUAUUUACAAGGACCUAAAAAAGAAGGUAACAGAGUGCGCCAACGGGUUCAACACCUUCAUGUCGAGGGUGUCCCGCGACGAGGCGCAGAUGUUCGAGAGUCAGAUCCAGACGGCCGUCAAGACCUUCUUCCCCGGGCUGUCUGCUGUGACGUGGGUGCAGCGCGACGCGGCAGCCGCCCUGCUGACCCGCUGCACCGUGGUAGUGCGGUGCAUGCAGGAGCAGGUGACGCAGUACCUGGCGGUAAAUCAGGACCUGUCGGCGGUGCUGCUCAAGACCAAGGAAAUGACACUCUACAAACGAGACGACGCCACGGUGUACGAGGACGACGGCUUCCAGGAGGACCUCAGUACACAGCUGCACGCGGGCUCCGAGGGCGUGAAGUCCAAGUUCCGGCAGAUAGAGGAGAUCCUGGACUCCCUGCACCAGAAGCUCCUUAGCAAGGCGAGCGCGAAGGCCGAGGAGGCCUGGCUCGCCUACGUCACCAGGAUCGACAACCUCUUCCUGGACUGCCAGCGGGAGGUUCUGCGGCGGUCCCUCCUUUCCUUCGAGGGGAUGCUGAUGGGCUCCCGCAGCUGCCCAACGGAGAAGCUGACGCCUGUGUUCACCAUCACCAUCCAGCUCGUCGAUAACCGCAUCGUGUGCCGGCCCUCCGUCAAGCAGGUGCAGCAGCUCGUCACCACGCUGGAGACGCAGUUCUCCGAGAGUUUAGGGAAGAUCCCUUGUCUCCUGAGGCGCUUUGCCCUGGACAAGGCCAAGGCUCAUGCCCACCUGCCGACCCUGGAGGACAAGCUGUGCAGGCGUCUGCAGGCCAAGCUAACGAGCGAGUUCGAGGCACAAGUCAAGGACCUGAAGCAGCGGCUGGAGGAGUGGCAGGCCUACCGGGAUCUGUGGGAGGUGAACAAGCAGGAGUUCUUUGACCACUACCUCGCCAAGGCCAACUCAGUCUACAUCUUUGAGACGGACAUCAUGACCUUUGAGAAGAAACUGAGGGAAAUAGAGAACAUUGAAGAUCACAUGAAGGUCGGCACAUUUUAUGUCAGUUCUGAGACUCUAAAGGAACAGCUGACCACGCUCUGCAAGUCAUGGGUGGCCGACUUUGAAAAGAAUCUCUUCAAAAUUGCCUCUGAGAAGCUAGAGGUCUUGUAUCAGUACAGCAAGGAGACGAGACUCCUGCUCAGGAGUGACCCGCAGGACAUCUCAUCUCUCCUGGCGGCUGCGGACGAGUGUAAUGCAGCCAAGCAACAGCUGACACUGUACAGGAAGGAAUUUCAGCCAGUUCGGGAACAGUUUGAGGUGCUCAAGAAAUACCAUUAUAGCAUCCCAAGGGAGGUGAGCAGCAGCCUGGACCAGCUGGAGGAGGAGUGGGAGGCCGUGGAGGGGCUGUUGACAGAAAAAGUUCAUGAGUUGAAUUCGUCUUUGGAUGCCUUUCGCAAGACCUACAGUGACCGCUCUGAGCUGGUGCUGGAGGAGGUGGAGGCCCUCAAGGAACACUUCCGCCGCGCGCUGCCCACACGGCUUGACCGUCCCGUCCCUGAUGCCUACGACGCCAUCAACGCACUGAAGGACUUGAUGGCAGACAUCAUCAACAAGCUGAGUCUGAACGAGACUCUGACACUGCUGUCGCUGCCCACUGUUGAGUUCCCGGAGCUGCCGGCCUUCCAACACGACCUCAUGUCGGCGGAGAAGAUGUGGUCGCUACUGGAGGAGUGGCAGCAAGUCUGGGACGGCUGGUCCGCAAUGGUUGUGUGGGAGGUGAGCGUCGUGGGGCUCCAAGAGAUGCUUUCCACGUUUGGCCACAAGUUGAGGGCCAUCAAACCCUCAGUGGUGGGGGAAGUGGAGGGGAAGGCCGGUGGGGAUGGUGACUGGGAGUUGAAGGAAGAAUUCCUCACCAGGAUUGAACUGACUAAGCUGUUGGUGCCCCUGACGCUAAACCUGCAAAACGCCAGCCUUAGAACACAUCACUGGGAGCAGGUCAAGGCACUUGUCAAGGCAGACUUUGACAAGGACUCACCAGAGUUUACUCUUGGCUUCCUACAGAAGCUGAACCUCACCUCUUACAAGAAGGAAAUGUCAGCCAUCCUCGUGAACUCCACGGAGGAGGCCAAAUUGGUGGCCGAGAUCGAAGACAUCAAGACCCUUGCCUCGGAGAUCCCGCUCAGCCUCAGGCACAUACCAGCCAUGGGAGUGUCGGUUCUGGAGUCAACGUCUGCAGCCAACUCGACCAUUGUGGAGCUGAACACGCGGCUGCAGGUGCUGUCAGCCUCAGUCCACGCCAAGCCCUACACCGGGGAAAUGGACGACAUCCGCACCAUGCUGUCCUCCAUGAUCACCUUCCUGGAGCGUGUUGAGUCCCUGCAGCGGACGUGGGGCACCUGGGAACCCUUCUUUAAUAUGCAGGACGUGAGGCUCCACCUGGUGCACGCCACCUCCUCCUUUGACGCUCUCAACGACAGGUGGCGCCAGCUGUCCACUGUCAUGGCGACAGAACUCUUUCUCAAGCCUGUGGCGCUGCAGGACCACCUGAAGGAGGAGGUGGAGCACAUGACGACUGACUUCAGUCAGCUCACGAAGCAGGUGAAGCCGUACCUGCAGGACCGCCGAGAACACUACUCACGCUUCUGGCUCCUCUCUGACGAUGACCUGGUGGCCGCCCUGUCCACGGUGAUUGACGGCGAGUCAGCCAAGCCGUUCCUGCCCAAGUUGUUCACCAACGUUUCCAAGAUUAAGCAAGAGAGGAACAGUCAGCUGGCGGCAAUGGAGGUUAUUGGCGUGUACUCAAAGGAGAGCGAGUUCCUAGAGCUGGGAUCCUACAUUCCUCUGGUGGGGUCCUUCGAUACGUGGCUCAGAAACCUUUCAGUCAGUAUUGAGGCGACGCUGAAGGAGCAAAUACGACAGUGCAGGAACAGCAUGAAGUCUGUGGUGAUGAAGGUCGACGAUGUGGUGAAGCUGUGGCCGCUGCAGGUCACAGUGAUCGCCUUCCUCAUGCACUGGACGAUGGAGGUGAGUCGCUCCUUCACCAAGAGCAAGGGCAGCCUCAACGGCGACCAGCUGCAGGUGUUCAAGAAGAAAAUUAGGGACUCCCAGAUGCGCCUGGACGGCUGCCUGCAGGGCAACCUUCCCAAGCUGGUGCGGGAAAAAGUGCGUCUGUUCUACCUGACGGUGCUGCAGAUAAGGGACUUCCUGUGCGGGGCCGCUGAAGGAAAGUGGAGUCUGGCAACAGAAAGUGACAUGCCGCUGCGAUAUUCUUGGGAGAAGGACACAGACAACCUGCUGCUGCAGAUAGGUGUCCAUGAUUUAGCUUACUCCUGGGAGUACCAGGGCCUGUGGUCCCUGACAGCCCUCACACCCUCCCUCACCCAGGCCUUCACCCAGCUGGCCAAGGUGCUGUGUCAGGGCACAGCCGUGGGCCUCCUCGGAGCCCAUGGCUCAGGCAAGACCGAGGCUGUAAAGAGUCUCGCCCACCUGCUGGGGCGGCACCUGGUGGUGGUGGCGUGCACCCCCACCCUCACCGCCGCCCACCUGGCGCAGACACUGCUGGGCGUGAGUCAGUCCCCCAGUUGGCUGCUCCUGGAGGCGGCCCACUGCCUGGACGAGGACGUCGUGCCGCCCCUCGGGGAGAUGCUGAGGGUGGUGCAGGAGGGACAGCGCGCGGCAGCAGCAGCAGCAGCCAAGGCAGGAGGAGGCCGGGGCACCAAGCUGCAGCUGCCGCCGUCCGUCCUCCUGGAGGGGACGCGCCUAACUGUGUCGCCGCAGGCCGCCGUGCUGCUGGAGAUGGAGCCCGGCCAGGACGCCGCGCGGAGGACGAUGGACAUCCUGAAGCAGGUGUGUCGCCCCGUCAUCAUCUUCAAGCCAGACGUCCAGGUGGUGGCCGAGUGCCUGAUGACAGUGGACGGCUUCAGGGAGAGCAGAAGUUUGUCUCUCAAGGUGAGUGAAGCGAUGGAAAGCCUUGCCUCCGCUCUUCCUCGACGCUACGGCUGGCAGCUAGGGACCCGCGGCGCUGCCCUGCUCGUCACCCUGGCCAGGGACAUCAUCAGAAGGCAGCCAGAACUGGACGAGAUCGAUACGGUUCCCCUGGCCCUGCGAGAGCACCUCCUGCCCCAGCUAAGGGAAAACGAGCUACCAAUCUUCAAGGAGGUGUUUGAGACGCUCUUCCCAGACUUUGAAGCAGCGCCGGUCACCCACGAGGUCCUAAAGGAGGGGCUCAUGGAGGAAAUGAAUAACAAGCACUUGAUAGUGAGGGACACCUAUUUGGACAAGACCCUUCAGAUGCACGAGGCCAUCUGCAAGAACAAGAUAGUGAUCGCCUUCGGUCCCUCAGGCUCCGGAAAGUCCACUUUGCUGGAACUUCUACAUGCCGCCACGAACCACCUGAGCGAGGCUGGUCAAGCAAGUUUCAGGCCCACACGGCUCGAGGCACUCAGCCCACUGGUGGUGGAGCACGAGCUGCUGUUCGGCCCACAGGAGGAUCUGGCUGUGGGGGAGAAGGGCGGCCACCUGAUGCGCCUCAUUCAGAAAUGCCACAAGGCGCCCCCUACGUCUGACCUGUGGCUGCUCCUAGAGGGCCCCCACGACCACGAGUGGCUCUCACAGUUCUUUCUUCACGUCCACCCGACCAACGGCACCUUCUUGUGUGGCCUGCGCCAGAGUGUGUCUCUCCCCGCCAACCUGAGGAUCAUUCUUGAGGUCUCGGGGGACAUUGGCCACCUCUCCCCCGGUGAACUGUCCGCCUGCUACGCCGUUUACUUCGCUCCCCAGCCACAGCUGUGGGAGGACGUCAUCCAGAGCUGGCGAGCCACAGUCACCAACGUCAGGGUGGCUCGCGCCUUGCAGACACUCAUCAAGAAGAACUUGCCGAACUUUAUCAACAUCCUGGACUCAGAUCUCGUGGCCAAACCCCAAAUGAUCAUGAAGGCCAAAGCUUUUGUGUCCAUUAUGAACUCCCUAAUGGAGGCACAGAGAGUGACGGUCGAACCUGAAGACUGGGUGAGCCGACUCACACCCGCCUUCAUCUUCAGUAUCAUUUGGUCCUUCGGCGCCAAUCUCUCUACCAGGGAAGCCGCCGAAUUCGAGGAAGUGGUCACUCGCAUGAUCGAGGACGUGCCUGAGGGUGGCAUCUACGAUUACUUCGUCGACCCCGUCACCGGCACCUUUCUCUCCUGGGACCAUCUCUCCACUGAAGUGGAGCAACUCGACAUCCACCUCCCUGUUGUUGAGUCGAGUCUCGUGCCGACGAACCGGAUAAUCAAGUACACCAAGAUCAUCAGGACGCUGAUGGGCCAGGGCAUCCCCGUCCUGCUAAUGGGUCCGCCAGGCUCAGGCAAGACGACCGUCAUCAACAUGCUCAGACAGAUCCCGGACGAGACGCGAUCGGCCGUCAUGCUCAGCUUCACGGCCGACACGCGGCCGAAGGACAUCCAGAGGACCCUGGAGGGGCGGCUCAUGAAGCAGGGCAAGAACACGUUAGCCUGCAAGAGGUCCAAGUUACACGUGUUGAUCGAUGACCUUCACUGCAGCGAGGGCAGCGCCCACCUUCACGAGGUUCUGGCCACCGUCAGGUACACGACCCGCCGCGAGAAGCUCUUCAGCAGCGACAGCAAGGCGUUCCUGGCGCUGCCUCCACUCUGUUACCUGUUCACCUUCCAGAAAAAAGCUUGCUACUUCGGCCAGGAGAAAACUCAGGAGAUCAAUGAGCACGUGGACGCCCGCUGGCUGGAGACCUUCCAUGCCCUCACGCUACCCGAGUUUGAGGACAAAGAACUGGAAGGAAUAUUUGGCAAACUCUUUGAUAAGGCUUUAGGACAUUUUGACCAAGAGGUAAAGUGUCUGAGAACCGUGUUGGCUGAGGGUGUGGUGUACCUGUUCAGGUGUAUGGGGAAGAGGAGCCAGGUAGACUGCGGGGACCACUUGGCCCUCGUGCACCACCCGCGCCAGAUCCUCUCAGUGUUGAAGGGUCUUCAGCUCGGGGAUGAAGAGACGCAGGACAGAGACAACUUUCUGCGGCUCCUGACCCACGAGUGUUACCGGGUGUUCCAUGACCUCGGAGUGAUGCCCCGGCUGGCCUUUGAUCAGCUCAUGAAUGAGGUGCUCACAGAGUACCUGUGCAUUGGCCUCGACACCAUCACCCACGACCCCUUCAACUUCCUCCUAACGCGGCUCGGAAACGAAGAGGACCUGUACGACGACGCCAACACUCAGGCUCUGCAGCUGAUCCUUAGGAGCAGCGGACAAGCUCUCUUCGGGUCCGACCAGACCUUCGUGGUGUUCGACAGCCUCGCCCACCACGUGGUGCGGCUCCUUCGCAUCCUUGGGCACCAGCAAAAGACAGAGAAAGAACCUUCGCUGGCGCUGGGAAGCAUAGGAGGCCACGUGGUGCUGGUGGGUCCCGAAGGCUGCGGUAAGAAGACGUGUGCUCGCCUCGUGUCCUCCCUGGCAGGCUACAAGACCUACAAUGUGACGGGAACCCCCGGGGAAGAGUUUGUCAAGAGGGACCAGAUAAAGGCAGACCUGUCCUCAGGCGUUCCUGUCCUGGUGAUCAUUGACUGGAAUAUUUUGCAUUGUGUUAGGAAUUUAAAGUUUUUGAAUGACAUGUUGGUGCAACAGUUUUAUUGGUUGCCGGCCGGAGACUCUCCCGCGAACUUCAAGAUCCUCCUCUCCGUCCCGUCCCUGGAGGAGGCUCACGAGGCCCUCAAGUCCCUGCCCGCCAUGUCCAGCUACUAUAGCGUGGACAGCUUCCAGGAAUGGAGUGCCGAGGACAUGCACGCCGUGGCCAGGCAGAUCCUCACCGUGGAGAUCGGCGAGCGUCUGUCUGACAUCACACUGCAGGCCGUAACGGAGGUCAUGGCCUUCAUCCACACCAGCAGCGGCCGCGCGCCCUCGGCAAAGUUCCUGGAAUUCCUGAAAAAGUUCCUGUGGGUGUUCCGAAGCCUCCACGACGACAUUAUCAACGAGAAGGAGAGGCUGGGCACCAGCAUCGUCAAGUUUGAGGACACACAGAAGCGUGUGAAGGAGUUGUCAAACCAGCUGGAGGAACAGCGCGCCCAGGUGACCUACAUCCAGCAGUCCUGCGGCAGCGUCGUUCUCAAGAUGAGGAACAUCAGGUCUGAGCAGGGCCGCCUGGAGCAGGACCUCGCCAAGAAUGACUCCCUCCUGCAGCGCCAGAAGGACGAGUCUUCACGGAUAAGGGAACUGAUCAGCCGCGACCUGACGGCCCCAAAGCUGGAGAUGAAGGCUGUGCACCGGCGGCUGGACAGGGUUACGAGGGUGGAGAUGGAGAGCCUGAGGGGACUGAGCCGGCCGCCACGCGGCGUGGAGCUGGUGUUCGACGCAGUGCUCACCGUGCUGGAGCUCGACCCGUCCUGGAACGAGGCGAAGAAACAAAUGGCUAAUGCUCUUGACUUCGUGUCAGCCAUCAAGAAGAAGCCCGUCGAGGAAGUGAACGAAAAAGUACUCUCAAGAAUACAGGCUUACUUGAAAAUGGAGGAACUGAAUGUGGAAAAAGUGAGCGGCGAGUCUGAGACGGCAGCGACCUUCCUGAAGUGGCUGCAGGUGUUCGAGAAGUACGUGCGUGUGUACAAGGACUACCACCCUCUCAAGGUGCAGGCGGAUAUCAUCGCCAAGGAGAUCGACGCCACCGAGCAGUCCAUCAAGCAGUACAAAAACGACCUCUCGGGCUUCAGCAUCGAGCACCAGGCCCUGAUGGCGCAGCUGAAGGAGAAGGAGCAGCACCUGGAGGCAGCAGAGGAGGAGAUGAAGGUGCUGGAGGGCCGCAUACAACUGGCGCAGAAGGUGAUGGCCCAGCUGGGCCAGGACAAGAUCCACUGGGAGGAGGCUCUCUCCCACAGCAGCGUGCAGCUCAGGAACAUCUUCGGCGACGCGGUGCUGGCGGCGGCCUACGUCACCUACCUGGGCGGCGUAACGCACGCGGGGCGACGCGAGACGCUGAAGGGGUGGCAGGAAAAGAUGGACGAGCUGUGCCUCUUCCAUACGGCGGAGAAGAGCGCGCUUGACGUCCUGGCGCCGCUCCACUCACGGGUCAGGUGGCACGAGCAGGGCCUGCCCCUCGACGCCUUCUCCCUCGAGAACGCCGCCAUCAUCUGCAACUCCAGCCUCCCGCAGCUCAUCCUGGACCCCCACCGCGUCCUAGAGCAGUGGUUCCGCAACUGGAGUUCCACUGUUGAGGUUGACCUUGAGAGGAAUGACUACAUGCAAAAGCUGGAGGAGGUGCUCCGACGUGGGUCGACCUGCCUCAUCGUGCAGGAGGAGCUGGCACUGCCCACCCCCGUGCUACAAGUGCUGGAGAUGGAGCGGCACGCGCGGGACGGCCAGAGCUUUCUGCUGGUGGGGGAGAGCGAGCUGCAGAUCCACGACAACUUCAAGAUCGUGAUUCUCCUGACGAGCCGAGAACCGCAGAUCACCAGCAACAUGAGGAGCCUCGCCAACGUGGUCAGCAUGAAGAGCCAGCAGGAGGGCCUGGAGGCGCUGCUGACCUCCCGCGUGGCCUCGCACUACCAGCCUGACCUCGUAGACUCGUUGAAGAAGAAUGAGUGGGACCUUCUGGAGCGGGAGCGGCAGCUGGCGGAGCAGGAGGACACGAUACGCACACUCAUGUCCCGCUUCGAUGACGACGUGCUGGAAGAGAACAGCCUGAUGGAGCGGCUGCAGACGGCGUGCUCGCGGGCCUCGGAGGCGAAGCGGAAGUGCAAUGAUCUGAGGAAGAGUCUAGAAACCGCCAAGGAGGGCAACGCCACGUACCGGAAGAUCGCGGGGCUGCUAACGCGGCUGUACCUCAUCGUGGAGAGGCUCCCGCGUCUGCAGCCGUCCCUUGAGCUGGGUCUGGAGCAUCUCAGCGUGCUUGUCAUCGGGGAGAUGCACCUGCAGAGUCUUGUUACUUCCUGGGGCCAAAUGCUCGGCCAGAACAUUGUCAUCAAGAUGCUGCAGAGCGUGUACAGGCACCUGGAGGAGCAGGUGAGCCCCAUCUCCCUCGUGACGGUGGGCCUCAUCCUGGCCACCUGGUACGAGUGUCACAUCGGCCUCACCACGCCACAGUUCUGCUCGCUGCUCUACACGCAGCUGGUGGACCAGGACGGACCCCUGCCCCUCCCACUAGACCUCAGGGCACACCUGACCGCCGCACCCCACAGUGCCCCGGCGCUGCCGCCCUUUGACCCGGGGAAGCACUCCGCCCUGCGCCCCGCGUGGCUCACCGAGCGGCAGUGGCUCCAGGUUGUCGCUCUUUCCAAGAUCAAUCCAUUCCAGGAGCUGGCGGAGCACAUCGUGGCUCACGAGAACCUGUGGCGUGUGUGGUACAUCACGGAGCAGCCCGAGGCCGGGGCGCUGCCCAAGAAGAUGGAGCGGAAGAUCAGGGGUGUGGCGAAGCUCAUUUUGAUCAACUGCCUGCGUCCAGACCGCCUUGACGAGGCGUCCAUGAUGUACGUGCAGCGAGUUCUGAAGCACGAGACCAGCGAGGCCACGGCCAAGGCGCUCCUCUCCGUGGCGGGCAAGGGCAGCGCCGCCUCGCCCGUCAUCGUGUACAGCUCCGUGCCGCUGGACGUGGAGUUCGUGCUGCGCCAGAUCCAGACGCUGUGCCACCCCAUCAUCUCCACCGACCCCGAGCCCCUGGACGUGCUGGCGCUCGGGCAGGGGCGGGAGGAGAGCCUCUCCCUCAGGCUACAGCGGUGCCUCCUCAAGGGCCACUGGCUGCUCCUCAAGAAGAGCACCACGGCCGACUCCUGCAUCACCCGCCUCAACAAACUCCUGCGGGACGGUUCGCUCGCCGCCGCGCACAAGCGGUUCCAGAUUUGGAUGUAUUUUGACAAUGACGACAAGCUGCCGUCCAGCCUGAUGACGGCGUGCCGCAAGGUGUACCUGAGCCUGCCAGGCACCGUGAAGGAGUCGCUGCGCCACCUCUACGAACUGGUCGGGGACUCCCGUCUCGCUUCCUACUCCAACGAGUGGAGCAAGUGGUGCCUCCUGAGCCUGGCUCUGUUCCACAUCGCCUUCAUCACCCGCCAGACGCUGGAGAACAACAGCACCCCGCUGGCCAUCGUCCUCGGGGACGCCCAGUGGGAGGAGGCAGAGAACAUGCUGCGGACGCUGCUGACAGGCGGCCACCCCGCUGACGGCUCCCUGCUGACCUCCCUCACCCCGCACCUCGUGGACCUUUACUUGGGGGGUUGCCUCACCGAGGAGUGCCGCAACGUCCUCACCCAGCUGAUGCUCGUCUACCUCUCCCCCGAGGCCAUCCAGAACGUGCCCGGCAGAGUGUCCGCCCUCACCCACUACACCGUGCCCCGCGCCAGCUCCCUCGAGGACCACUUUGCCCAGAUGGAAUUCAUCUACUUGGCGCAGGAUGUGUCGCUCACAGGCGUGGCGCCCAUGGUCAUCCUGCAGAACCAGCGGGACGAGGCCAGGGACAUCAAUAUUGCCCUGCGGACACUCAACGAGCAGAAGACGUCCUGCCGCUCGCUGCGGGACACCGUGUGGCCGCGGCGCUUCGCUGAGCUCAGGGACAGAAAGCUGAAGUCCCGGAAAGUGCAAGGGGCGCUCCAGGCCAUCAUGCGGCAGGAGUACGAUGACUGUUCGUGGACCGUGCGGCAGGUGGCCUCCAAGCUGACCGUCACCGAGGACUUGGACACCAUCAACGGCCUUUUGCAGGACAGCUCCCCGAGCCUCGACAUUACCAAGGACGACACGGAGCUGCGCAAGACCGAGUCCAGGCUCAGGAAGCUCAACGCCCGGGCAGACUUCCUGUGGGAGAUGGCGGGCAGCCGCGAGCCACCGCGAAGCCUCCGGCUGGGCUUGCUGCAGGAGCCGGCGGCAGCCUGGGCGGCCGUGACGCGCAGCUACUGGGGUGAACUGCGGCCGGCUGCCCUGGAGGUGGCGGUGCUGACGAGGUCCCUGAGCGCUUGUCUGGCCUCAAAGGGGGCGGAGGAAGACGUGAAGGGCGUCGGAGAAGAAGAGGAAAGUCCCUCGCUGGUGCUGGAGAAGCUGGUGCUACGCGGCGCUUGCUGGGACGCGGCGGCCGAGGUGCUCAUGACGGAGGAGCUGGGGGCCGGCCUGCCCGCCGCCACCACGCUGGACCUCACCGUCACCAAGUGCACCGCCCGCGUCAAGAAGGUGCUCAAGAAGGCCGGCAGAGCGUACCGCACACCCGUCCACGUUGGGGGCGAGGACACCUGCGCGCCGCUGUUCUGGGUGCACCUUCCCCUCGCCUCCAGCAUCACCAGCCACACCUGCCUCCUGAGCGGCGUGCGGCUCAUCACCGCCUGAGCCAGCAACCCCUGACUAUAGGCCCUGUACACGACGCCUUAUACGCGGUCGUCCCACUCCAGGCUCCAAAUUUGAAGUAGUUCGCGCAGGGCGUCACACGGUUCCGCUAUAAGGGUUCAACUCUAGGCUCCUAGGUCCCGCUACCUUUAACUUGCACUGUAUUUGUUACACAAGGGUCAUCCUGUGCGUGGGACGACUAUGUAUUCUUGGACUGUGCUGUUCACUACAACUUAGUAAAUUCACACGUCAGAUUCAGGCAGACCCACCAUCGUGCAU